AUGCAAGAGGUCGCUCUGCCCCUGCUGGUGCUCCUGGUGGGCCUUCCUGCCUUGAACGCCAACGAUCCUGAAGAUAAAAACAGUCCUUUCUACUACGACUGGCACAGCCUCCGGGUCGGCGGGCUCAUCUGCGCAGGGGUCCUGUGCGCCGUGGGCAUUAUCGUCCUCCUGAGUGGGAAAUGCAAAUGCAGGUUCAACCAGAAGCACAGCCACCGUCCAGGGGAAGCCCCGCCACUCAUCACUCCAGGCUCUGCUCAUAACUGUUGAGAACCGAACAAGGGGCAGAGCACAUAGCUCCUCCCUCUCCCCAAGCCCCAAGCUCGUGAGAAGCCCUGACCCCAGCACAGCCUCUCCC